CUGAAAGCGUUUGACUCUACACCACAUGGUACUAGAAAGGUGGUAGUCGCUACGAAUAUAGCUGAAGCAUCCGUCACGAUUCCCGGAAUAGCUUAUGUUGUUGACUGUGGAUUUGUGAAGCUGCGUGCUAUGAACCCUGACAAUGGGAUAGAAACUCUGAUGCGAUUACCGAUCUCGAAAUCAUCUGCAGAACAAAGAGCAGGACGUGCGGGUCGAAUUCGUCCAGGCAAAGCUUAUAGAUUAUAUCCUGAGUCUCAGUUCGAGAAAUUAGGCGAGGGAACGAUACCAGAAAUCCAGCGUUGCCAUUUAGCACCCGUCGUUUUACAGCUCAAAGCUCUUGGAAUACAGAAUGUACACAAGUUUCAUUACCUCUCGAGACCUCCAUCAUGGUCUAUGAUCAACGCUCUCGAGCUACUCUAUGCGCUAGGUGCCUUGGACGAAAAAUCUAUGCUCACUAACCCGUUGGGACUCCGCAUGUCUGAGUUUCCUCUACCGCCAAUGCACAGCAAAUGUCUUCUGACUUCAGGCGAUUUUGGAUGUAGUGAAGAGAUUGCAUCUAUAAUUGCUAUGCUGCAAGUUCAAGACGUGUUUGUACCGCCAAUUCGAAAUCGACAACGAGCUGAGGAAAUUAAACGACGAUUCGCUGCCGAAGAAGGAGAUCACAUAUGUUAUCUUAAUGUUUACACAAUGUUCGUGCAGAAUAAUCGGAGCCGUAAAUGGUGUGGCGACCAUUUUCUCAACUAUCGGGGUCUUUGCCGAGCUGAUAACGUGCGACAACAACUAGUAAGAUUGCUGAGGAGAUUUGGCGUGCCUCUUGUAUCAACGAGAGGGGAACCAGGCGGAGCUACAAAGAUUAUCAGAUGCCUUGUAUCUGGUUUCUUUUCUCAAGCAGCAAGAUAUCAUUAUACUGGAAAGUAUGUCACUGUGAAGGAAGAAUUUCCUUUCAAUGUGUACAAAGGAUCUGUUAUAAUGUAUAAAAAGGAUUACCCAAAGUGGGUUAUUUUCACGGAAGCUAUGCAAGACUCCAUCAGAGAUAUCUCGGUGAUUGAACCACAUUGGUUAUAUGAAUUGGCACCUCAUUACUACGAAUUUGGCACUGAUAAUGAAGUGGCACGAAAACGGGCAAGAGAAAGUUGA